AACGCGGCGAAACGCGGAAUACGAAGCAAAAAAGUAAAGGAAAUACAACGAUCGUUGUGAAUCAGUAGCGGUAGAAUCAGUAGAAUCAGCUGCAAAAGCAUGUUUUCCACAGACACAUCAGCUCACAUUUGAUAGACUCAACAUUCAGUUGAGUGCGGUACUUUGGUGAAGCUUGUAAACGUUAUUUUUUAACGGCAACAUAGAUAACGGUGUGUUGAAAAAUUGAAUAGAUAUAGAAGACUGAAAACAGCGCGUGAAAAUAUAUAUAAAAGUCUUGUUACAAAGAUAAAGUGCGACAUUUUCAAUAAAUUAAAGUCAAUUUCAAGUUAGUCAUAAAAAAAAUUAGUCAAAAAAUCCCCGCCGCCAAGCAAUAUGGCCAGUCCACAGCUGAUCGACGAAUUAUUUGAUUUUAUGUAUCCGCUGGCGCAGCGCGCUGGCGAAAUACUGCUCCAGGGUUACGCGGAGGCUGGCAAGCAGGUCAAUAUCAAGACGGCAUUCUACGAUGUCGUCACCGAUUAUGAUAAUAAAAUCGAGGAAUUUCUAAUUGAACAAGUAUUAGCACGCUAUCCGGAGCACAAGUUUAUCGGCGAAGAGGAUACAGCGAAGAAUGAUCAUGUGACUAAGGCGUUAACCGAUGCACCGACUUGGAUUAUCGAUCCCAUCGAUGGUACAUCGAACUUUAUCAAACAGAUACCGCAUGUGUGCAUCUCAAUUGGUUUGUCUGUGAAUAAGCAAAUCGUUUUGGGCAUCAUCAACAAUCCGGUGCAGCAGAAAAUGUACACAACCAAAAUUGGUGGUGGCGCCUUUUGCAAUGGCAAGCCGAUACACGUGAGCAAUGUGGCUAAGAUGAGCGAAGCGAAUGUGGCGUACGAAGUGUCGUUGUUGCAUGCGCAUAAAAUACGUAACAAGCAUAUAAAACGUAUAUAUCAUAUAGGAGCACAUGCUAGAAGAUUGCUCGCCUAUUCGUGUGUCGUGGAUUCUCUAUGCAUGGUAGCUGCCGGAAACUUAGAUGGUUUUCACAUCGAGGACAUGUACCCAUGGGAUUGUGCUGCCGCUUAUUUACUCAUACGAGAAGCAGGUGGCGUUGUAACACAUCCCUAUGGCGGACCAUUUGAGAUUAUGAAACCGGAUUUAAUAUGCGCGGGCACCGAGUCGUUGCGUAAAGAAAUGGAGGAGCUCAUAAGGAAAGCCGAUCAAGAGAAGUCGGUUGGCGGUGAGGAGCAAUAAAGUGUGGUGGAAAAACUUAAAUUUAGAUUAUGAGCUAUUUAACCGAAUUUGUAAUUGUUAUUUACUUAAAAUCUUGGAAUUAAUUUUUUUCUUAAUGUUACAUGAAUUUUGUUUAAUAAACUUGUUCAUAUUGAAA